AUGAGCACCCAAGACACCCUAAGACCUUCUCGGCGAUUCACCCUUCUCACAUCUCGUCUCAUUAUUAUGCCGACGCCAUUAGCCAUCUCAAUUCCAUCUUAUGUUAGUCUGUACGCUGACCUCCAUGCUAAUGCCGCUUUCUGCAGCAUGGGGUUCGGUAGUGCUUUCCCUGUUCAGAAGCGAACCCAAGAACAGAUGCAAGAAGUGAUUGCCACGCGAGACAUUGCGCGAUCCUGGGACAAGAGAGCGAUUGGCGAUUUUGCAGUAGGCCGACGAUCAAAGUUACAAAUUGAGGAUACAACAGGCCGAAAACUGGCGGAGGCGACCAAUACAGUAGUGGUCAUCGAUGGAAGUGACAUGGACGGUGUUUAUCAGACGCUUGACGACAUUGAGUGGCUGGGUUACGCGGGCGUCCGUGACGCUACUACAACCUCUCUUCCUCCACGCAAUGCCUCGGAUGCUCCGCUACCGCCAUGGGAAGAGAUGGUUGAACUGCGUUACGGCGUUGCACCAUCCUGUUGGGGCCAAGGCGUAGCUCGCGAAGCCGCGGAAGCAGUCAUGCAAUGGGCAACCACUGAAAGAGGUGUGAAAAGAUUCAUUGCUGAGACAGAAAAAGAAAAUGCGAGAAGCGGAAGAGUGUUGGAGAAGAUGGGGUUCAAGAAGAGUGGUACUGAGUAUUGGAAGGAUGAGGAUGAGGUGGAGUGGGAAAGGGAUGCCGCGAGUCUUUGGUAG